AUGUUCGACCGAUGGGUUCGCGAACCCUACCGCCUCGCCACUACAGAUGACUAUACUUCGCGCUUCGCAACCUCAUGGUUCCUCUCGCCUCUACAACUGGCCAUAUGGCGUGGCAUUGUCGCUUUCUAUGCCUUUGUUGUCAUUUUUAUCAAUCUAGGCCAUGAAGGAAGCGUACAAGCAGGUCGAUCAUUUAGUUACUUUACUGUGCUCGGCUAUUGGGGCCUCGCUUUCUACUACGCUGUAUCAUGCGCCCAUUCAGCAAGUUUCUGGUUCUACGGCGAGUCUUGGUUGCAAAAGUGGCCGGGGUCCCUCCAAUGGUUGCAUUCGUUGUUCUAUGCCACUGUUACGGUGUUUCCCUUCGUCGUCACUGGUAGGCGUUCAAUUAGAUGGGUAUGGCCGACGCAACGCUAA